AUGGCUAAUAGAGUCGAAAAUGUUGGUAUUCUGGCUAUGGAGAUAUAUAUUCCAUCUCAAUAUGUAGCUCAGGAAGAAUUAGAAAAAUUCGAUGGUGUGGAUACUGGUAAAUAUACAAUCGGAUUAGGUCAGAGUAAAAUGGGAUUCUGUUCAGAUAGAGAAGACAUAAACUCGAUUUGUAUGACUGCUUUGCACCGCCUUAUUGAGAAAAAUAACAUAAACCUCCAUGACAUUGGAAGGUUAGAGGUUGGUACAGAAACUAUUAUUGAUAAAAGCAAAAGUGUGAAAACAUUUCUCAUGACACUGUUUGCUAAGGAAGGUGCAACUGAUAUAGAAGGUAUUGACACCACAAAUGCUUGUUACGGAGGUACGGCUGCUUUGUUCAAUACUAUUAAUUGGGUUGAAUCUUCUUCUUGGGACGGCAGGAAGGCUAUUGUUGUGGCCGGUGACAUUGCUGUGUAUGGUAAAGGCCCAGCUCGGCCGACUGGAGGUGCGGGUGCAGUUGCAAUGCUCAUUGGCCCUGACGCACCAUUAGUAUUUGACUGUGGUGUUCGUGCAUCUUAUAUGACUCAUGCAUAUGAUUUCUACAAGCCGGAUCUUGCAUCAGAAUUUCCUUAUGUGGAUGGCAAGCUGUCAAUACAGUGUUAUCUUAACGCUUUAGACAAAUGUUAUAACUUGUUUUGUGAUAAAAUGAAAAAGGUAAACCCGGACUUCAAAGGCCUCUUGAGUCUUGAUGGCAUGUUAUUCCAUUCUCCUUACUGUAAGCUCGUCCAAAAAUCACUGGCCAGAGUGUCAUUCAAUGAUUUCUUGAAUUGUGCUGAGGAUGAGAGGGAAAAACAAUUCCCGGGACUUUCACAGUUCAGCAAACACCAAAGAUCUGAAACAUAUUUUGAUAGAGAACUUGAAAAGGCUUUUAUGGCUUACAGCAAAGAUCUGUUUGAAGAAAAAACUAAGCCAUCUCUCUACAUUGCAAGAAACGUCGGCAACAUGUACACUGCCUCGCUAUAUGGUGGUUUAGUUUCAUACUUAAUCAGCAAGUCACCGGAGCAGUUAAUCGGCAAGAAAUUUGCCUUGUUCUCAUACGGCUCUGGAUUGGCAUCAACCAUGUACUCUGUCAAUAUAUGCAAUGAUAUGAGCGCUGGUUCCAAACUAGAAAAGCUCAUUAAUUCCCUCCAUGAUAAUAUAGCUAUGUUAGAUAAAAGAAUUAAUGUUGAACCACAAGCAUUCUCGGAUUCCAUGCAAAUUAGGACAGAGAAUUAUCACACAGCCCCAUAUGAGCCAUCGGGUUCGAUCGAUAUACUCUUCCCUGGAACAUAUUAUCUUGUGAAGAUUGACGACCAAAGAAGACGGACAUAUGAUAGAAAAUUAUAA